AUGGAUGUCCAGGACGUACAAGAGUACCUCACCACCCUAGCCCACUCGACUUCAGAACAGUUCCACAAGAUUCCUGGCUCAGCCAUCUUCCUACGCUAUGUGAAAUCCAGUUACCAGAACGAUCCCAUCCGAUCCGCUGUCGAACUCUUCCUUGUUUUGUUCGCCAUACGAUACCUCCUUGCGCCGAAAUAUUCCACCAAGCCGAAUUAUGUCAAGUUAUCGGACGAAGAGAUUGAUGAUCUCGUCGACGACUGGACACCGGAACCUCUAGUUGCAAAGACUACGCCUUUCGAGGAGGCGGAUCUAGAGAGACGGCCCGUUAUCGUUGGACCAAGUGGCCCACGAUCCAAAUUGACCAACGGACGUACGGUGACGAAUCUCGCAUCCUACAACUUCUACAACUUCAAUUCCAAUGAGAACCUCAAGGAGCGGGCCAUCCAGACCCUUCGUACGUACGGAGUUGGGCCAUGCGGCCCCCCCGGAUUUUACGGCACGCAGGAUGUGCAUAUGAAGAUUGAGGCCGACAUCGCAGCGUUCCUGGGCACUACGGCGUGUAUCAUAUAUGCGCAGGCGUUCUCGACAAUUUCCAGUGUGAUUCCGGCGUUUUCCAAGCGAGGAGAUAUCAUCGUUGCGGACAAGGCCGUCAAUUAUGCCAUUCGAAAGGGCAUGCAGAUCUCCCGUAGCACGAUCCGUUGGUAUGAACAUAAUGAUAUGGAAGAUUUACAGAGGGUGUUGGCCAAGGUCACAAAGGAACAGGCUCGUAAGCCGCUGACGAGGAGAUUUAUCAUUACAGAAGGGUUGUUCGAGAAUGUUGGUGACAUGGUUGAUUUGCCCAAGAUUAUUGAACUGAAGCUCAAGUACAAAUUCCGCCUGAUCCUGGACGAGACAUGGUCUUUCGGAGUCCUCGGCCGUACAGGACGCGGUAUCACUGAGCAUCAGCACGUUGAUGCCGCCGAAGUGGACAUGCUCAUCGGCGCCAUGUCGGGACCUCUCGCCGCAGCCGGUGGUUUCUGUGCCGGAUCUGAUGUGGUGGUUGAGCAUCAACGCCUGUCAGCCGCGGCAUACACAUUCUCGGCUGCCCUGCCGGCCAUUUCAGCCGUGACAGCCAGCGAAACUCUGAUGAUGUUGCAGACUCAACCGGAGCAUUUAUUCCAGCUGCGGGAGAAUAUCAAGACCAUGUGGCUGCAGCUGCAUCCUCGGAGUGACUGGAUGUACUGUACCAGCGCGCCGGAAAAUCCCAUCAUGCUGUUGGUGCUGAAGCCCGAGGUCGUUUCGUCACGAAAGAUGUCGGUGGAUGAUCAGAAGAUCUUGCUGCAAGAGAUCGUGGAUGAGUGUUUGGCACAGAACGUGCUAAUUACGCGGAUGAAAACCUUACCGACCGGAGUCGUCGGGACCAAAUCCGAGAUCUACUCUCCGUUACCCGCACUGAAGGUGUGUGUCACAUGCGGACUCUCGAAGAAGGAAAUUGAGAAAUCCGGCAUCACGAUUCGCCAUGCCAUCACCAAGAUCCUGACGCGGAAGCGGUAG